UUUCGAUACUCACUUAAAAUUGAGGUACGAGUAAAGCUUUUAAAAUACACUACUGUACACAGUAUUAUUCUGACUGAUUUAAUACGGAUACUUAAAUUAACUGGGUUGUUUUCUUCAACAAGUGACGGCAGACGGAAGGGGAAGAGGAAAUCAACCAGUCAAGACAUGGAGGCAGACGUGGUCAAAAAGAAGAAACCAGUCAUAUCAAGUUUCAAACAGCCGACUGUUAUUGAACAACUGAAGUAUAUUCUAGCAGAAUAUCCAGAUGGAGGACAAAUAUUGAAGGAACUGAUACAAAACGCCGAGGAUGCAGGGGCAAGAACGAUGGGCAUACUUCUGGACGAGAGAAGACUUAACAGGACGGACGAAACAAGUCCUGCACAAUGCAAGAAAUACUUUCAGGCUCCAGCCAUGUGCGUUCACAACGAUGCCGAAUUUGCUGAAAAAGACUGGAAAGGAAUCAUCAUGAUAUAUAACAGUGUAAAAAAGUUUGACAUACUAAAAGUCGGACGUUUCGGACUCGGGUUCAAAUCAGUUUUUCAUUUAACAGAUAACCCCUGCAUAAUCAGUGGGAAACGCAUGCUGUUGAUGGACCCGCUUCAUCCGGCUGGCUGCGAACCGGCAACAAUGGAAAUAGGAGAUCUAGGCGAAAUGGAAGGGUUUGAUACAAACGCUUUUAUACAAGCACUUGAUGGUAAAUUUGGCUUCAAUCGAGAAACACUGUCAUCCGGAUAUUUCAGAGGAACGCUGUUCUGGUUUCCUCUCCGCGAAAUUCCGAAUACGCUAUCAGACAACGUGUACACUGUGGAAAAAGUAAUGAAUUUAUUCAGGGCGUUUCAACAGGAUUCAUCUAGCAUCCUCCUUUUCUUGAAAAGUCUUUCGGAGGUGACAUUGUUUACGGAUAAUCAGUCCCAGCCGCAAGAGAGAAAAGUUUAUGCAAAGGUUAAAAUAGCGGACUCUGGCGUAAAAUGCUUGGCACAGAGAGCUGCAUUUGCAGACAAAGUGAGCAGUAUGACACCUGAAAGCGCCGACAUUUCUUUAAUUAUGGAAGUUCCCAUUGAAUGUUUCUUUGACGGAAGUUCGAGUUCAAAUACUACUUGGCUUGUUGUCAAUUACGUUGUUAGUGAAUCGGCUUCGGAUGAGCUUAACCGACUUAUGAACGAUGAAAGCAUUGGUCUAAGUCCAUAUGUUGGCGUUGCUGCUCCUAUGACAACGACUUCUCAGUUCAAUGGUCAUAUAUUCUGUUUCCUGCCUCUUCCGAAAGAAGGCUCGAAACUAACAGGGUUACCAUUCCAUGUAAACGGGUUCUUCGCCCUUAGCUCCAAUCGACACCACUUAAAAUGGGAAACUGAUGAAGAUAAAAACCAACAGCAGUACGAUAAAAAUGUCCAUUGGAAUCACCUUAUGACAUCUGAAGUACUGCCGCGAGCCUACCGAUUAAUGUACAACGCUGCAGUCAGUAGAAGUAAUAUUUCUGGAAAUUCAGAGAAGGAUGUAAAGAGGGUGUAUGGCCUUGUACCAGAUCUUGACAAUGUUAAUGAGAAUUGGAAAAGUUUUGCGACAAAAAGCAUAAAAUGUAUGCAAACCGAAUGUGUUGUUUUUGCAAAUGAUGUUGGGCGAUGGGAUGUGUGUCAGAAAUGCGUAUUUGGAACAACUGCCACGUUUGACACAGAAGAAAUUAAAACGUCAGUGAGAUCCUCUAUGAUACGAAUGGGAAAGUCUUAUGCUGAACUUGAUGAAAUUUCAUUGAAAACUUUGCAGAUGGUUUUUACCACGUCAGUUAUUUGUGUCUCGCCGAAUCUGAUUACUAACUUUCUACAAGAAUCGAACGCGUACCAAUGCCUCGCUGAUGAGAUGAAAACAGACCUUUUAGUUUACAUCUCAGCUGAUAAACAGUUUGAUCGACUGCAAGGACUGGAAUUAUUGCCCCUUGCGAAUGGCAUAUGGGUAAGUUUUCGAAACGAAGGGAAUGCCAUAUACCUUGCAAGUGUGGACGAGAUUGAGAUUUUUCCUGAUUUUAAAGACCGUUUCGUUAUGGCAACUCGAACCUCGAAAAGCGGCAAAGCAUUCAAGGCUAUACUUGAAGAAGUGUUAGGGAGCUAUCGUAUUUCAAACCUUUCCACCGACGCACUUCUUACUUUCUUGCGGGAAUCUCUACAAGCAUUUGUAGACACAGAAAUGAAAAACUCCUCAAAGUUCAGUCUACCUUGGCUUGAAAAGGUCUGGAGAUUGGUUAUGAAAUACGGUUUAGAACAUUUUAAAGAUUUGCGACUUCUACCACUUCUUCAAGAAGGGACAUUUGAUGGCACGUACGUUGUCAAACUGGUGCCGUUAACAUAUCCUUUCGUCCUGAGUCGUUUUAACAAUGUAACAAAAGGUUUCAAUGAAAAUGUGAAGAAGGCAUUGCAGCUUCUAGGAAUAACCGUGCUUGAGGAUCUACCGAACUGGCUGCCGAAAACAUAUUUGAAUGGAUAUGUUUCUCAGCUGAACCACUACGAACUCAGAAGAUGUUUCGAUACAAUUGAAGAGGACAAUGUUUUGGCUCUUAGUACUAUAUUCAAUAGCAAAGCAGAUGACGAAACACGGAAAGACUUCGUGAAAUACUUAUGUUGCAGUGAAGAAGAUUACAGAAUGUCUUUUCUAGAGGAGCUUGAGAUAUUCAAAAUGAUAUCAAAAACAAAGGGAUGCGAGAAAUAUGCUCGGCUGAAAAUGGCAAGUGUUUUCAUCGAUGAAAAGACUGAAAAUGAACUACCUCGAGAUAUUGAUAUACCAAUUGAGUGUUUUAAACGGGACAAGACGAACAGGAGACUGAUAACAAUGUGUGAUAUCCUUGAAUUGACCACCGAGAAAUUUGUAAAGAUAAAAAUGCAAGAGAUAACUAAAAGUGGGUACGCAUCCGACACAUACGUCUUUAUGAAGUUCUUUCUGAAAAAUACAAUGAUGUUUAAACCACAGACAGAUAUAAUUCAAAUGGCAUCAAACAUAGCUUUUAUCAAACAUGAUAGCAAACUAAAACGAGCAUCGAAUUUCUUUGAUCACACAGAUGCAAACCUGAAGAAGCUAUUUUUAAAACAAGAUGUAUUUCUUCCAGAACAGGUCUUUCCAACACGAUUCUUAGAUGGUUUAAGAGCAAUUGGAUUGAAAUCCGCUAAGUGUGUCAGCGCAGAUGACCUUUUCAGCAUCGCACAAGUUCUAGAUUCAUUUAAUUCAAGCGGUGUAUUCGAAGCUGAAAUCAAUGAUAAAGCCAAAGCUCUUCUUAACACUAUCGAGAGUAAUCCAAAUCUACUUCAGAACAUCGUGCAUGUUAGGAACAAAACAACAAGCCUUGGAGAAGCGUUACGGACACUACAGUGCUUUCCAUGUAUAAACAAUGACAUCGGCAAUGUAGAGUACCCCAGAGCAUUGCUAAUUAAAGAUUUAAAACACCUUUAUUGUCCAACUGAUCUACGAGAUUCUCGAUACAGUAUGCUGAUCGGUUCAAUAAAACCACUGAUACGUUCUUAUUGCAAAGAGCUUGCAGAAUUUUAUGAAUGGACAAAACCGCCUUCCAUAGAGGACCUCAUUGAAAACCUCAACGUUGUAAAGGGAAGGUUCGUUGAUACCAAAUAUGAUGUCGCAAAAGUGACAAAAGCUAUAUACUCAGAGUUGGCGAGGCAGAAAGACGAUGUUGUAAUUAAAAAAGAGAUAUUUGAAGAAACGGCCUUAAUCUGGACCGAAAAGGGAUUCACAAGGCCGUCACGCACAAUCCUGAAGCAAAAUGUUGGUGAUAUCCUUCUUAGUCCUUACUUUGAAUACAUUCCCGACGAGUUCCACAACGUACAUAACCUUUUGGAAUCCCUAGGAAGUCACCCCAUUCAAGAUAGACGUGUACUAACGCAACUCCUGCAAGAGAUACAGAAGAAGUACCCAGCUGAUGGAGUUGAUUUAGCUGUUGUUUCUUAUGACAAGAAGCUCGUCAGAGAUGUUUUAGAAAAGUUAGCAACGCUAAAUACAAACGAUGAAGCCGACAUAGAGUGGAUGAAACGAAAUGUGCUAAUAAUGAUAGACACAAUUGACGAAAAUACUAUUAAAUUUGAUUGCAUUUCAAAAUGUGUAUAUGACAAAGAAAGAGACAUGUCUGAUGAUUCAGAUGAAGAAGAAAAGUUCAAAUAUGUUCAUCCAUCGUGUAUAGAACAUGCAAUGAAACUUGGGGUAAAGUCGGUCACACGUCAAUCAUUAAUGGACGCUGAAGAUAUCGAAGAUUGGGGUCAAAACGAACGUUUGACAACACGACUUAAUCGGCUUUUGAAAGAGGACUAUGUAGAUGGUCUCUCUGUGCCUAAAGAACUCAUUCAAAACGCUGACGAUGCAGGCGCCACGGAAAUAAGCUUUCUUUACGACGAACGGGACCACAUUGGUUAUAGAAAACGUCUUAUUAGCAAAGAAAUGUCAGAGUGUCAAGGAGCUUCGUUAUUUGUUUACAAUAACACAACAUUCUCCGAAGAUGAUUUCAAAAACAUUACACGCAUAAACGAAGGAACAAAACAACAUGACACUUCAACAAUUGGAAAAUUCGGACUAGGAUUUUGUUCCGUUUAUAAUGUAACAGAUGUUCCCAGUCUUGUAUCAGGUCAAAAUAUGGUCAUUUUCGAUCCACAUGAGCGGUAUUUGGACGAGAACAACCCCAAAAGGGGCAUCAAGUUACCUUUGUCGAAACGCACAUUGGUAAAAAGGCAUGUCGAUCAGUUUAUGCCUUUUGAAGGAUUGUUCGGCUGUUCGAUCGUAGGUGAUUCAUUUACACCAUUUGAAGGAACUCUAUUUCGUCUGCAGCUUCGAACUGCAGUCCAGGCCGAUAAAAGCGAGAUUUCAAAAAAGGUUUAUAACAAGGAUGAAGUUUUUGGGCUUCUUAAAAUGUUGAGAAAACAUGCAGGAGACUUGCUUCUAUUUUCACAAAAUGUGACGACUAUAAGAAUUUUCCACCUGCGGAAAGAUUAUGUCUCUUCUGACGAUGUAAAGCCUGUGUUUGAGAUGAAUAAAAGCAUAAUAGGUGAUACAUCUAGUCUUAAGGACAGAUUCUCAGUAUUGAAACUGUGUUCGCAGACACAUCAAACAGUUGAACAUGUUCAAGUUGUCUCACUUGUAACACAGGUCUCUAGUUCAGAGCUUUUCGAGGCAAGCACAACAGAUAAUAAUGAUACACGAUUUGUCAUAUCUUGGUAUAAAUGUCCAGAAGACACACUCCAGUGUACCGAUGAAACAGCUAUUCCUGUAUCGGCAAUAGCAAUUCCAGAUAUCUAUUCUGAUAAGGGAGUACAUCGUUCAUUGUCUGAAAUAGGUCAUGGUUUCUAUAAUGAAGGGCAUUUGUUCUGUUUUAUGCCUUUACCAGUGAUUACAAAUUUGCCUUUCCAUAUAAAUGGCUUCUUCAGCGUUACACAAAAUAGACGAGGUUUAUCUAUUGCCACAGAAGAUGAUAAAACCGACAAUUCGUAUCAUUGGAACGACUCUUUACUUUCAAAGUGCACCGUUCAAUCAUUUAUUAAGUACUUGCGUUUCCUAGCCGAAUUUUAUGCAUUUGAUCAGACUGCAUCUGACACACAAUAUUACGGAACUUGGCCAGACUCUGGGGAACAAGCAGUUGAGCAGUUUGUUAAAGCAUUUUACAUCACCGUCUUGCAAGAUGAUCCACAUGUAUUCAGAAGUAAUGAAAGUCAACUGUAUUUACCGUUCAGCGGUAUAUUAGUGCUAAACGACGAAAUACGAAACAAUGAAACGUUAUAUGCAAAUGCUUUUGAAUUUGUAAAAUGUGUUCCUAUCACUAACAGUAGGAUUGUCGUGAAUUUGCCUAGGAAACAGUUUGAUAAACUCGUGCAUUAUAAUCGCGAUGCUAGUGACAUUCUGGAUGUUGUCAUAACAGAGGAAAUGUUGAUUAUUCAUCUGUUGGAUAAUAUGAACAGUGAAUAUUGGAUAGGAAAAACGGAUGUGCGUAAUGUCAUGCUAUUGCAUGCAAUCUCGUACCAAAACAGAACCGUUCAAGAAAAGUUAAAACGUGUUUCCUGUAUUCCCACUCAACCCAAUGAACGUCUUAGAAAAAUCGAUGAACUUAUACACCCUUAUUCAGAAUUGGCGAGACUAUUCUCAGAAGAAGAAGAACGAUUUGUGAUUAAGACAGAGGAAUUUAGAGAUAGCAAAUUACUUAACAGGUUGGUUGAGUUAGGCAUGAUGUGUGAUACGUUGACUGAAGAAUUAUUGAUAGACAGAUGUAAAAGUGUAGAAAUCAUAUCACAGAAAUGCUCGGAAUGUACAAUGUCACGUAUAGAUGCAUUGUUAUUUUACAUGAAUACACGAAUAUCAAAUAUAAAAACAUCGCUUAUUACAGAAAUUGGAGGUUUAUCUAUACUUCCGGUGCAAACAAGACUGCCAGAAUGGCUAUUCUCAUUUCAAUCCGAAAAUAGAGAAGACAUGAAGACUAUCACAGAUGAUUUGUGCCACGAGCACAAGAUACCGAAACAAACUGUUAAAGUUCUGAUUGGGAGGCCUUGUACAUUAUAUGAAAGCCGCUUAAUGUAUGCAAUUGGUUCAGUUGAAUGCGUAGUAGACAGCAGAUGUGAAAUAAGUCAAGCGUUAUCAGAACUAUUAGGCAUAAGAUCGCAGGAAAACUUAACUGCAAAUGUGUUGCUGCAGCAGUUAAAUGUGUUAGCCGACGAAUAUAAAUGCCCCGAGCUUAGUUUUAACGUAAUGACUGAACAGAUAGUGCAUCAGGUAUAUUCUGAACUGGAUAACGUGUUGACGAAACCAUCGUUAAUAGAAAACCUACAAUGCGUCGAUAAAAAGAUAAAAGAUGUGUUUGAUAAAAAAAUCAUUUUGAUCGGCAAAACAUUUUACCACGUGAAACAAGUAGCUAUGCAUAUGGACACAGAUUGCUUCCCGGAACUGUGCGUUUUGCAUAAUAUGUCGGAUUUAAAGUUACGAUUGUUUAGAAAAUUAGGUGUUAAAGAACACUUCGGCAUAGAAGAUAUAAUUGCAGUCAUGAAAACAAAAAGUUUGUUAUGGAAAGAAAAAACAUGCAGAGAAGUGAAAAUAAUGAUAAAUUUACUUAGAAAUUUACAUUCAGUAAUGGAACGCGAAAAUAUAACGAUUGAGAAUCUGCAACAGUAUAAGGAUUUCAUUGUUGCACCAGAUGAAAAGAAUGUUUUAGCCGUUACAAGUGAGCUAGCUUUGGAAGACCAAGCCGUAUGUUGGCAAAGAAAGGUCAGACUAGUGCACGGUGAUGUGCCACCAAAUAUCGCGAAAGCUGUUGGGGUCAAAUCAAAAAAAGCAAGUUUAAUCAAAGGAUUUUCAAGAGGAAUAUCUUUCUUUGGACAAAAAGAACAGCUGACCACAAGAUUAAAUGGUCUUCUUAUAGAUUAUCCUAGUGAUGUCAGUAUAUUCAAGGAGUUUAUUCAAAAUGCCGAUGACGCUGGUGCGACCGAAAUCAAUUUCAUAAAAUUCUUCAGAACGCAGAAAAUAACACAUUCAAUAGGACAAAAUCAAACGAUAGGACCGGCAUUGUGUAUCUACAAUAAUUCGCAUUUUACGGAUGAUGAUUUCGAUGGCAUAAGAAAUUUAGGAAUAGGUAGCAAAUCCGAUGAUCCAACUAAAACGGGACAAUACGGAUUGGGGUUUAACGCAGUUUAUCAUAUCACAGACACACCGUCGUUUUACACUAAGGGUCCUGGCUUAGGAAAAGAAGGAGUUCUUUGUAUAUUUGAUCCUUUGUUUAAGGAUAUCCCUGAAACAGGUGAACCCGGUAUUAGAUGUAACCUCGACAAAAUGGAUGACGAACUUAAGGAUAUUUUGAAAGGAUAUCCAGAAAUCGAGUUCAAUGUUGGAACAAUGUUUCGUUUACCAUUGCGACAAGAAAAGUCAGAAAUAAGCGUGCAUUGUAUUAGUGAUUCCGAGAUUGAUAAAUUACUUGGUUUUCUUCAAGAGGAGGCAAGUACAUGUCUUCAGUUUUUGAAAAACCUUAAAUCAAUAGCAAUUUCAACUUAUAUAGAUGGCGAGGUACGCAACGAGUUUAGCGUGGAAGCAAAAUUGACGGAUUCGGAUGAAAUGAAAAGAAAGCAAUAUUUUGAUAAUGUUAGGAUUCGUUGUAAAAAUAAUAUGAAUGAUAAGUAUAAAAACAUUUUAGAGGAUCCUUUUUCUGUGACGUACAAUCUGUUUAUUGUUGAAAAUAAGGGUCGGUGCAAACGAUGGCUUGUAUGCAAUCAGUUUUCAAGUGAUACUAAACCAGACGAAAAAGACACUUCAUGUAAACUUAGGCCGGCAUUCGCCGAUAGGGAUCUUGGCUUAAUGCCAACAGUAGGAAUAUCCAUACCGGUGUUCGAAUCAGAAGUAUCCGACCUAACACAAGCUCAUAAGGCUUUCUGUUUUUUACCAUUGCCUAUAGGAACAGAUCUUCCUUUUCACGUGAAUGGCCAUUUUUCAGUAGAUCGGGGACGACAGAACUUAACCAGCAGCAGCGUGGGCGAAACAUGGAAUAAAUACUUGUUGUCCGUUUUAUUACCGAAAGCAUUUUGUACAUCACUCCUUGAAGUACAGAACAUACUUUGUGGUCUUUCUGAGGAAGGUAUGAAUCUGGCAAAACUCAAGAAAAGACUGAGGCUAUACAAUAACAACUUUCCAAGAUGUUUACUUGCAACAGACGGUAAGUGGAAAUACUUCGUACAAAAUGUAUACAAAAUGAUUCUGGAAAAAGAGUGUAAAUUGUUUCCGAUUCUGCUCACAUCUGAUUCUCAAGAUAAACCGCAUGGUUUACAAUUGGAAUGGACGCAUUUAGCUCGUAGUGAAGACGAUAAGACAGGUGGUGUUUUUAACAGAAUGCAUUCGACACACGAUGAGCUGAAUUUACAACAAGACCCGGUGAAGUCUAUAAUGUUGAGAAUCGGAAUGAAAAUUGUAGAAUGUCCCGACGUCGUUAAAAAUUUGAUUGAGGAAGUGAACGUGAAAGUUUUAAGUUGCACACCUAAUUUAGCAUUGAAGUACAUUCGUGAAACUAAUGUGCAGAUAUGCGGUAAAAAGAUAGAGCAAUCAUGCUUUAUGUCGGUUGAUCAUUUCAGAAAGUUAAUUCCAUUCCUUCUUCAGUCUAGUCGGUUUCAAGAAAUGACAAUUUGGCUGCCACUCUGUCUUACAGAAGACAACGUAAUUCAAAUGUUUGAUUCAAAUAAGCCGGUAUUUUGUUCAAGAUACUUUCCCUUGUUACCCGGGUCUUCAAAUGAAUUCAUGCACAGAGACAUAGUGAAUUAUUUUGAGAUCAAGGUGUAUCUCUUUCAAUCUGGAAUGUUAAAACAGUUAAGUGUGCACGAUCUACGUAAUAGGCUUCCUUCCUCAUAUAAUGAAACUGAUUUCCAUGUUGGAAAUGAUUUAGCAGUUGCAUCGUUUCAGUUCAAAGACAUGAAUUUUGACCUGAAGAUGUUUUUCAGAUUUUUGCACGAGAAGUCAAUCAACUGCAAUAAAGUGUUUUCGGUGGACCAAUUCAUUGCGAAUGUUUUGUGUUUCAAAAGUUGGCCUUUUCUACCAUCACAUAGCACAGCACCCGGGUGUUCAUCAAAAUGCCUUAUUCCAUUGCAGCAAUCUUGCAGACUGUAUACAAAUGGAAGCGGCUAUGAAAAUGUUCAUAGAAUUAUUUCAAGACUCAAUAUUCCUACACUAGACACAAGCUGGUUAUUUAUUGAUGAAACACUGAUGGAAUUUGAAAUAAAACGUGGGUUAGAGGCAAUGAUAUCGUCUGUUUCGAAUCCAGUUGAACUAAUAAAGUGUCUUAAUUUUUACAAACAGACUCUGCAAGACACCAUAACACGUUUUGAAGCUGUCGAAAUUCUUGGAUAUGUUUCAGAAAGAAUAACAGCAAUGGAUAUGGAUGUCGAUCUUGUGAACAUGAUACGGUCUCUGCCGCUGUAUGAAACUGCAUACGGAGAUUUAAUUAGUAUUGAGAACGAAAAUGAUGUUGUCGUUCUUUCUGUAAGAAUUCCCCCAGAUGGAAUGAAAGAAAUCGCCGAGGCUACAAAUACGACUUUUGUGAGGUUUUAUGAAAAGUAUUCCAAACUGUUGAAGCAUAUUUCAUCAAGCCUUGAAGUUAAUCGGCUAUAUGCAGAUAUAAUUGUGCCAAAUUUUCAAGUAAUUCCUCCCGAACAUCAGAUGAAACAUCUGGAAUAUAUCCGAGAUUAUAUUUGUACAGGUUUGUCGGAAAACACAUGGUAUACAGACAGGAUUACUUUUCUUCUCACGGACAUUCCAUUUAUUCGAAUUGGAAAUCGAGAACGACGUGUUAACGAAUUCUUUAGCCACAGAAACAAAGUAUUUGUUGAAAUGCUUACAGAUGAUGAAUUCCUUCCAAAUCAUUUAAGAACAGACGUAUGGAAAAAAUUUCUUGAAGCAUUGGGACUUGUCACAAAGCCAACACAACAAAAAGUGUUGGAAUUCGCCAAAUGUAUUACACAUGAUUCAGUAAAUGUCCAAGGGAACAUAAACGGACUGAAAAAAAAAUCACACACACUGACGUCAUUUAUUUUGAAUGCUGAAAAAAGUUUCUUUAGCCCAAACGUCCUUGACGAACUUAAGAUUGUAAAGUUUGUAAACUCUCAUGAAGUUAACACUGACAGAAGCGCAAUAUGCAAAUCGUUCAGCAAGCCCAAUGAGUUCAUUUGUUUUAAUGGGUCAACAACAUACACAUGGCAGGACAUAUGUUGGUCAAGUACACAUAUUUUGCACAGUGAUAUUCAAAUCAGGUCAGAUGAACGUCGUGAAGAACUUGGUGUUUUGAAAAAUCCGUCAAUAGAAAGAGUUAUUGUGCAUAGUCACAAUGUGACUGAAGUAUUCAAAAAGAAAACUACUAAGACGCAUGACGAAUUGAAGUUUAUCACUCCACUCUACGACUUUUUCAUGAACCAUCUAAACAGCCCGGAGUUGAUAAAAUUAAGGAAUUCAUAUUUUGUUCAUAUACCUGACGAAGCUAUGGUACGAGCCGAUAUGGUGUAUGAAACCUCCGCGUUAAAAAGCACUGAGAUCAAGCCAUAUUUGUAUCAGCUACCAAAAUCCUUACGAAAAUACAUAGACUUGUUUGAAAAACUCGGAGCGAUGAGUCUAGUUUGUAGAUCACAGUUUGUAAAUGUGCUGGAUUCAAUACAUACUGAGUACGGUGAUCAAAGUUUGCCACCGCCGGUGCUUAAAAAGGUUGCACAGACGAUCACACUUUUGUUCAAACUUGAAGGAUCACUUGGAGAUAGAAAUGCAAAGUUGUUUCUCCCAAACAAAGAAAAGAAACUGAGGGAAUCGUCAAGUCUCACUGUCUGUGACAACAAAACAUACGCGGGAAUCAUAAAAGAUGUUACUGACAUUGACUACUUUCUUGAACUCAAUGAAAUGGAAAUAGAGGAGUUUACAGACUCAGCUGCAGUGUUUGAGACAUUGCCAAAUUCUAUGCAGCCAUGCUUCUUAAGCAAAGUCGUGAGUGAAAGAGUGUCGUUAGAAUCGAUUGUAGUUGUUGAAUCACUUGUGUCCUAUGAAUGGCAGUACUUUUUACGAAGCGACAGUUUUAUUAAUGGAAUAAUCAGGCUCAUUCGUGCUCAGGGUGGAUUAAGUAACAAGGGAAAGCCAACAAAUGAUUUAGAAGAUAGAUCAAGAAACAAAUUGAGAAAUGUCCGCAUUAAACAAGUGAAUGGGUUACGAACAAAAGUGUCAUAUAAAGGCAGUGUGCUUGAUGGGAUAAGUUUGCAACGGAUAUGCUAUAUAACAGAGAUAAAUUGUGACGAUGAAAACUCGUCUUUUGAGCUGUACUUUGACUCGCGUGGCACUACAGACGAGAAAAUGAUUCUUUCUGAGGAGGACGGAAUUUUCGAUUUAGUACAAAAAUGCACUGACCAUAUCAUGGACAAGGACAAAUGUAAUAUAUUGAGUGCAAUAUUGAACUACAGGAAUGAUCCUGAACAUAUUGCUGAACUGCUUGAUAGACGUAAUAUUGCACAAGUCGAUUUUAAGCCCUCUUCCGUAUUUCCAAAGCCUGGUACCUAUGUUAAUCGAGACUUUUACCCAUUUCUACUCCAUGAAAUAGUUCCCUUUAAAGCGCAUGAAUUUGAAUUCGUAGCAAUGGAAAUUGAGUAUGAAGAUGAUAGAAAUAACGCAUAUAUAUACGUACAUAUCAUGAGUCAAAUUCAAAUGGUUGCGGGAUCUUUAGACAUAGCGUUACGUUACAAUGUAAAUGCUGGCGAGCCUAGAGGUUUCAUCGAAGUGCCGAUUUUCAAACUUUAUCGCUUCGUUUCCCCAAAUUCUCAAAAUACUUCUACAGAAGUGGAACUUUACGACUCACAAAAUAUAAUCACACGACCUCUUGACGAAAAUCGCCGAAGAGUAAGGGAAUUGUUAACUGCAGCUUUUAAGAUGUGCGAAAAAGAUAGAAAGAUAUUGAUUAAGCGACUAUUGUUAAGGUGGCAUCCCGACAGAAAUCCUGGUUUAGAGGAGUAUGCGACGGAAAUAUUUAGCUUUAUUAAAGAACUAAUCGUCGAAUUGGAAAGAAGAGAAUUUUCUGCGGGAUCUAGCGGAACAUUCGUGUCUCGUUACCGCAAUUUUAGUUCGAGGAUUGUAAGCGAUGGUCAGGUGUUUGCUGAAAAAUUCCGAAACAGAAGACGCAAUUAUCAAUCGUUUUUCUCCUGGGGCUUUAAUACUGGCAGUAGCAAAGAGUACGUUCCUGUUCCUAAUCCCGCAGAAGCGGAUAGAUGGCUUUGCCAAGCAAAAACGGACUUUAAAGUCGCGAGUGUAAUGAUUGCCAAUACCGAGGAGUCGUUCAAGGGUUUCAACUGGAUCUGCUAUCAAUUUCACCAGGCAUGUGAAAAAGCGCUAAAAGCUGCCAGAUUUUCCAGAGAUGCCAACCGAUGUACUCGAUGGACUCAUGACCUAUGCAGCCUCAUGGUUGGAGAUGAGUUUGAUGAAAUUAAAGGAGAGGUAAGAGAGUUCGAAUCACGCCUGAACAUAUCGGGAAGCCAUUACUUCCGACUUCGAUAUCCAGAUGCCGUUGAAAUGGAAAGGUUGCCUUCCGACGUAUUCAGUUCAGACGAUGCCGCAUUUGCAAAAGAAACUGCUCAUAAAGUUAUAACGUUCGUGGAGGAUUACAUCGUGUGAAUUGUUUUAACCAUACGCCAAAAGUAGUACUUCGAGUGAAUUAAUUAAACCAUACACCAAUAGGAUUGCCUCGGUGUUUGGUCUUUUGAAGAAUAGAUUUCGUUGACAAUAAGAUAUCUAUUCUUGUAAUGUCUUUUGUAUGACAGACGCGUUAGCAUUCUAUAUCAUGUCAUGUGAGAUAUAUUUGUUGCUUUUUUUCCUUAAUUAUUGUAGCAACGUGUUAUUGAAUGUACAUGAAAUAAUAAAUGUCAUUUGCUAUAAAUAAAAUUGUUAGUAAAGAAUUGUUAGUAAAUAAUAAUGUUAAAAUAUUAAAUUGUUUGUCUGUAAAUAAUUAAGAUAUAGAUUGCAGUUUUUCUCUAUUAUAUGUGUAUGGAGCAUUUUGCUUUUACUUUUUUCUUUGUUUUCCAUUUUUCUUUGUUUUUUGACACUCCUAUAGUAUUCAACUGUCUUUCCCGAUCGUGCGAUAUAUUGGUGUAAUCUGUAAAAAUGUAUUUAUAUUUUUAGAGUCAAAGGAGGAGUAUAAUAAAUUGCUUCCAAUAAUAGUUUAAGCCUUUAAGAAAUUUGCCUUAGCUUAAAAUUAAGACUAUAAAGAUAUUCUAUUUUCAUAUAUUAAAAAAAGUGUGUAUCAGAUCAAAACUGUUAAUUUUAAGCCGCUUAGGAAUUUGCUUAAGGUUAGAAUUCAUGUUGAAUACAUAUUUAUUUAUUUGUAUUUAUGAUAAUAUGUGAUGAUCACUGUCAAUUUAAAUUAGCUAUCUUGAUGUCAUGUGCUUUUGGGUUUUAUUUAUUUCAUUAUAAUAUUUUUUUUCCUUGUAUUAACAAUGUUUGGACAUUCAAAUUUUUGCUUUAUGCUGUUUUGUGCUGUUCUUUCAGCGAGAUGGAAUUUUCUAUAAACAAGGGGUUGGCCUGUUAAUUAAUUAUUUAGAUAAAUGUCAUUUUAUUUGUCUAUCAUUGAUAAGCUUUUAACAUUCAUUUAUCUAAGUUUCAUUUCAUGAUCAUUAUUUUCAAGUGUUUUAUAUCACAGGAUGGACCUAUGUAUGAAUUAGUACAUGCUUGUUUAUUUUAAUUUCAAACGCCCUGUUUAAUGUAUAUAGGAAUACUUAAAUAUCGCACUAUUGGUUUAUUUUCAAUAUUUCAUUUUGUUUCAUUUAGCAGGAUAUACAUUUGUAGAACAAUGGCUGUUCAUUAUAAGUAUAACGUGUGUAUUAUAACAAGAGUAACAGUGUCUUAUUCCACAGGAUGUACCUUUGUAUAAACAAAGGGUGGGCCUGUUAAUAAUAAUUUUAAUAUGUGUGUUAUUUAAACUAUCAUUGUUUUUUAUUCCACAAGAUGAACCUUUGUAUAAACAAUAGGUGGGCCUGUUAAUAAUAAUUUUAAUAUGUGUGUUAUUUAAACUAGCAUUGUGUUUUAUUCCGCAGGAUGAACCUAUGUAUAAACAAAGGGUGGGUAUGUUAAUAAUAAUUUUAAUAUGUGUGUUAUUUAAACUAUCAUUGUAUUUUAUUCCACAGGAUGAACCUUUGUUUAAACAAAGGGUGGGCCUGUUUAUAAUAAUUUUAAUAUGUGUGUUAUUUAAACUAUCAUUGUGUUUUAUUCCACAGGAUGAACCUUUGUAUAAACAAAGGGUGGGUCUGUUAAUAAUAAUUUUAAUAUGUGUGUUAAUCAAACUAUCAUUGUGUUUUAUUCCACAGGAUGAACCUUUGUAUGAACAACAGGUGGGCCUGUUAAUAAUAGUUUAAACAUAUGUAUUACAUAAACUAUCAUUGUUUUUUAUUCCACAGGAUGAACCUUUGUAUAAACAAAGGGUGGGCCUGUUAAUAAUAAUUUAAAUAUGUGUAUUACAUAUACUAUCAUUGUGUUUUAUUCCACAGGAUGAUCCUUUGUGUAAACAAAGGGUGGGUCUGCUAAUAAUAAUUUAAAUAUGUGUGUUAUUUAAACUAUCAUUGUGUUAUAAUUCACAGGAUGAACCUUUGUAUAAACAAAGGGUGGGCCUGUUAAUAAUAAUUUUAAUAUGUGUGUUAAUCAAACUAUCAUUGUGAUUUAUUCCACAGGAUGAACCUUUGUAUAAACAAAGGGUGGGCCUGUUAAUAAUAAUUUUAUUAUGUGUGUUAUUUAAACUAUCAUUGUAUUUUUAUUCCACAGGAUGAACCUUUGUUUAAACAAAGGGUGGGCCUGUUAAUAAUAAUUUUAAUAUGUGUGUUAUUUAAACUAUCAUUGUGUUUUAUUCCACAGGAUGAACCUUUGUAUAAACAAAGGGUGGGUCUGUUAAUAAUAAUUUUAAUAUGUGUGUUAAUCAAACUAUCAUUGUGUUUUAUUCCACAGGAUGGACCUUUGUAUGAACAACAGGUGGGCCUGUUAAUAAUAGUUUAAACAUAUGUAUUACAUAAACUAUCAUUUUUUUUAUUCCACAGGAUGAACCUUUGUAUAAACAAAGGGUGGGCCUGUUAAUAAUUGUUUAAACAUGUGUAUUACAUAUACUAUCAUUGUGUUUUAUUCCACAGGAUGAAUCUUAUGUGUGUUAUUAAAACUAUCGUUGUAUUUUAUUCCACAGGAUGAACCUUUGUAUAAACAAAGGGUGGGCCUGCUAAUAAUAAUUUUAAUAUGUGUGUUAUUUAAACUAGAUUGUCUUUUAUUCCGCAGGAUGAACCUAUGUUUAAACAAAGGGUGGGUCUGUUAAUAAUAAUUUUAAUAUGUGUGUUAUUUAAACUAUCAUUGUAUUUUAUUCCACAGGAUGAACCUUUGUUUAAACAAAGGGUGGGCCUGUUAAUAAUAAUUGUAAUAUGUGUGUUAUUUAAACUAUCAUUGUGUUUUAUUCCACAGGAUGAACCUUUGUAUAAACAAAGGGUGGGUCUGUUAAUAAUAAUUUUAAUAUGUGUGUUAAUCAAACUAUCAUUGUGUUUUAUUCCACAGGAUGAACCUUUGUAUGAACAACAGGUGGGCCUGUUAAUAAUAGUUUAAACAUAUGUAUUACAUAAACUAUCAUUGUUUUUUAUUCCACUGGAUGAACCUUUGUAUAAUCAAAGGAUGGGCCUGUUAAUAAUAAUUUAAAUAUGUGUAUUACAUAUACUGUCAUUGUGUUUUAUUCCACAGGAUGAUCCUUUGUGCAAACAAAGGGUGGGUCUGCUAUUAAUAAUUUAAAUGUGUGUGUUAUUUAAACUAUCAUUGUGUUAUAAUUCACAGGAUGAACCUUUGUAUAAACAAAGGGUGGGCCUGUUAAUAAUUGUUUAAACAUGUGUAUUAUUCAAACUAUCAUUGAGUUUUAUUCCACAGGAUGAACCUUUGUAUGAACAAAGGGUGGGCCUGUUAAUUAUAAUUUAAACAUAUGUGUUAAUCAAACUAUCAUUGUGUUUUAUUCCACAGGAUGAACCUUUGUAUAAAUAAAGGGCGGGUCUGUUAAUAAAGAUUAAACAUGUGUAUUAUUUAAACUAUCAUUGUGUUUUAUUCCACAAGAUGAACCUUUGUACAAACAAAGAGUGGGCCUGUUAAUAGUAAUUUUAGUAUGUGUGUUAUUCAAACUAGCAUUGUGUUUUAUUCCACAGGAUGAACCUUUGUAUAAAUAAAGGGUGGGUCUGUUAAUAAUAAUUUAAAUAUGUGUAUCAUUUAAACUAUCAUUGUGUUUUAUUCCACAGGAUGAUCCUUUGUACAAAGAAAGGGUGGGUCUGUUAAUAAUAAUUUAAAUAUGUGUGUUAUUUAAACUCUCAUUGUGUUAUAUUUCACAGGAUGAACCUUUGUAUAAACAAAGGGUGGGCCUGUUAAUAAUAAUUUUAACAUGUGUUUAAUCAAACUAUCAUUGUGAUUUAUUACACAGGAUGAACCUUUGUAUAAACAAAGGAUGGGUCUGUUAAUAAAGAUUUAAACAUGUGUAUUAUUUAAAUUAUCAUUGUGUUUUUCCCACAGGACGAACCUUUGUAUAAACAAAGGGUGGGCCUGUUAAUAAUAAUGUUUACAUGUGUGCUUUUCAAACAUGCAUUGUGUUUUAUUCCACAGGAUGAACCUUUGUAUAAACAAAGGGUGGGCCUGUUAAUUAUAAUUUAAAUAUGUGUGCUAUAUAAACUAUCAUUGUGUUUUAUUUCACGGGAUGAACCUUUGUUUAAACAAAGGGUGGGCCUGUUAAUAAUUGUUUAAACAUGUGUAUUAUUCAAACUAUCAUUGAGUUUUAUUCCAUAGGAUGAACCUUUGUAUUAACAAAGGAUAGCCUGUUAAUAAUAAUUCAAACUUGUGUAUUACACAAGUUAUAGUUAUGUCUUAUUCCAAAAGAUGAAUCUUUGUAUAAACAAAUGGUUAUUAAUUAUUGAACUUGUGUUUUAUUCCACAGGAUCAACCUUUGUAUGAAGGGUGGGCCUGUUAAUGAAAUUGUUAAUAUUUGUAUUACACAAACUAUAAUAAUGUUUAUUCCACAGGAUGAACCUUUGUAUAAACAAAGGGUGGGCCUGUUAAUGAAAUUGUUAAUAUUUGUAUUACACAAACUAUAGUAAUGUUUAUUCCACAGGAUGAACCUUUGUAUAAACAAAGGGUGGACCUGUUAGUUAUAAUAUAAACAUGUAUCUUAUUUAAACUUUCAUUGUGUUUUAUUCCACAGAAUAAACCUUUAUAUAAGCAAAGAGUAGGCUGGUUUAUAAUAAUCUAAACAUGUGUGUAUUUCAUAAACUAUCAUUGUGCUUUAUUCAACUGGAUGGACCUUUGUGUAAACAAAGGGUGAGCCUGUAAAUAAUAACUUUAACUUGUGUAUUAUAAAAAUAUCUUUGGUUUUAUUUCACAGGAUGAACCUUUGUAUAAACAAGGGUAGGUCCUGUUUAUAAUAAUUUAAACUUUGUAUUAUUCAAACUAUAACUAUGUUUUAAUACUUAGGAUGAACCUUUGUAAUACGAAUGGGUGGGCUGUUUAUUAUGCUUUAAACUAUUAUAUUAUAGAAACUAAUUUUUUUUAUUUCACAGGAUGUACUUUUGUAAAAAUAAAUGGUGGUCAUGUUUAUAAUGCUUUAUACAUGUGUAUUAUUCAAACUGUAGAAAUGUCUUAUUCCACAGGAUGUGCCUUUGUAUAAACAAAGGGUUGGCCUUUUUAUUAUAAUUUAAAUCUAUGUAUUAUAAAAACAUAUUGUGUUUUAUUCAACAGGAAGAAACUUUGUAUAAACAAAGGGUAGGUCUGUUAAUACUGUUUUAAACUUGUGUAUUAUAAAAAAUGGUAUUGUGUUUUAUUCCACAGAAUUUACCUCUGUAUUAACAAAGAGUGGGCCUAAUAAUUAUGAAUUAAACUUGUGCAUUGUUGAAACAUUGUGUUUUUAUUUCACAGGAUGUAUCUUUCUAUAAGCAAAACGUGGGCCUGUUAAUAACAACCUUAACUUAUGUGUUAUUCAAACUAUCGUUUUCGUAAGUUCACAGGACGUGCCUUUAUACGUACAGAGGGUUGCCCUGUUAAGCAUAUUUAACACUUUUGUAUUAUACAAAACGUCAUUGUGUUUUAUUCCACAUGUACUAUACAAAAUAUCAUUGUGUUUUAUUCCAAAUGAAUUAUACAAAAUAGCAUUGUGUUUUAUUCUACAUAAUUUCAAUAUAUAUAUAUAUUCCUGUUGUUUAUAUCAGUAUCACUUGUGUGGUGCAACAUAUUAUAACAAUGUUUAAUUGCACAAGUUGUUUGUUGAAACAACAACUGGGCCUGUUAAUUAUAUUUUAAAUCAAAAAUUGUCUUUUCAUUUAAUAUUAUACUUUUGUAACGCUACCAACGUGCUUGUUGUAUAUAAUUCUAUAAAUGACUUGCGUUUUAUAAAAUACUUGUCUAGGUUCCACUUCUUUAAAGAAGUGUUAUAUUCCACAAGAUGUACAUUUUGUAUAAACCAGGAAGAAUGUGGGACUGGAAACAAUAUAAAAUGCGCAUUGAUUGUGUUUCAAUUUAAUUACAUAUAUUUUGUAGUUGUACUUUAUGAUGUAUCUUUGUAAAAAUAAAGAAUGGGUCUGUCAUUUAAACAUACAUUUAUCUAAGUUUCAUUUCAUGAUCAUUAAAAUCCUGUGUAUUUUUUCCAGAGAAUGGACCUUUGUAUGAGUAAAUGCUUGUUAGUUUUAGUUUUGAACGUCCUGUUUAAUGUUUAUAUGAAUACUUAAAUAUUGCACUAUUGUUUUACCAAAGGCAGAUAAAGGCAGAUAAAGGCCCAGAAUGUGAGAGAAAAUAAGACAUGUGAAGGCAUUAAUAUCGAAUUAAAACUCAAAUUUAGUAAUAAUAGAAAAAAAACAUAUAAUUGGAAAUUGCAAAAAAAACCCUAAACAUUGUGUAAACUUACGAAUGGUACUGUUUUGCUUAUUUUUGAUACGAGUUUUUGCGAAAAUGAACAUGCCACUUUUACCUCUGUUAGACUCAUUCUUGAAGAUGACGUCACAUUAAUUAAACACGCUCGCACAACUAUUGUAGCUGACUGUCUUAAAAGCUUUAUUUCAGCAGUGUAUUUCAAUAAUGUAUACUAGCAAAAAAUUAUCAUUGUUUUCUUUUGUAAUUUUUAUAAUUUUGUUACACUGUAUAUACCCUUGUAUAAGGAAUGUGUGGGCUUAUCAUUUAUUGUUAAAACCAACAAAUAGUGUAUUUUAUAAAAUAUGUAGUGGCUUUAUGUGUUAGAUUUAGCCAUAGGAUGUACCGUCGUACAGGAAUAAGUGUGCAUGGUCCUUAUAGCAUAACAAUGCACAUCUAUUGUGUUUUAUUCCAUGAUUUUACAAUAUAAUGUAAUUAUGAAGCUGUAAGAAAGAAUGGGCUUUUCAUAUAUAAUUGAAAUAACAUACACAGUGAUUGUAGUUUAUUUUUUCUAUAAUAAGGCACAUCAUGAAUUAUUGUUUGAACCUGCUUUUCGUUUUUUUUGGAAAGAAUAUGCAAAUAAUAUAUAUGUCUGUGAGUUUGUAAACUGAUUGUGUUGUAAUAAUCGAUUGGAUGAAUGAUUGAAUAUAGAGUGAUUUUGAAUAUUGUUGUUGAUUGUUAAUCAUUGAAUUUACUCAAACCAUGUUUAUUUCUAAUUUAUCAACAUAGUUUUUCUUUGAAUAAACAAAUGACUUUGGCUGCGUAUUAGAAUUUGAAGUGCAAAAUUGUAAGUUUAUAUUUUUUAUGAAAGGCCAUUAUUUUUUAAUAUGAAUUCACCGCAUGUUUUUUUUUGACAAACUGAAAUUAGUUAUUAAGGUCAUAUUCAAUGCAUUUUGAAGAGAUGGGUCAUAUAUUUGUUAAUAAUCCUUCGUAAGAAUCAUUUCAUAAACAAAACAUGUCCCUUCUAGUUGUUAAUUUGACUGAAUUAUUUUAGUUUAAUCGCGAUAUAUUAUUUUUAAUUUGCAGGUAUAUCAUUUGUAACUUUAACCAUGCUAUUUUGAUACGCCUAAUCCUUGCAAUGUAUAUUGCAUGGCUUGUUAAUUUAAUUGUAUGUAAUUACAUAUGAAAUGUAUAUGUAUGAAUGACUAUGAGUUCUAACGACGCAUAAAUGUAUGAA